CAGGGGGAGACAGCCAUGCUGGACCUGGAUCUGCAGAAGAUUGCAGGAUUCUGGAGGGAAGUUGGUGUGGCCUCCAGCCAAAACCUGGCACUGAAGACCCCAAAGAGGCUGGAAGCCUUGUUCCUGACCUUGAGCGGGCAUGAACUGCUGGUGAAGGCUGCAUAUUACAGCUCAGGAAGUUGUGAGACAGAAAACAUAGUGGGCUCAGAGAUAGACGUGUCGGGGACAUUCGUCUUCCCUGGCCACAGGGAGAUCCAAGUGGUAGAUACGGACUACGAGCAGUAUGCCAUUUUGCGGUUGUCCCUCCACUGGCAAGGCAAGGACUUCCGUGUGCUCAAGUACUUCACCCGCAGCCUCGAGGACGAGUAUGGGCCAGGCUUCUGGAGGUUCCGGGAGCUGACCGCAGACACGGGGCUUUACCUGGUAGCCCGGCACGGGAGGUGCGCCAAACUCCUGAAGGAGGCACACAGUGAGAGAGAGAGAGGCAGAGACACAGGCAGAGGGUGAAGCAGGCUCCAUGCACCGGGAGCCCGACGUGGG